GCCAGCGUAACUGAGAUGAAGAAUCUGGACAAGUGUAAACGUUUCUUCGAAAAUUUCAACUGGCCCACAGAUCCAUUGAUGUCAUUUGCAGAUACCGAAACAGUUUUCUUCAACAGCCAUGAAAUCAUAUCAGCGGCAGCCAACUUCGUCAGCAAUCUGGAAGAUGUACUCGCCGAUGACUGGGUACUGGGAACCGUUUCUGAUAUCUACGAAAAGUUCCUCAAGGCCCAUCUAUACCUAUUCAACAGCUACGCAGAAAACAGGCCGAGAGCACAGACCAUCCUAGAAAACAAAGGAGGGAUUAGCAUAUUCAAUGGAAUUAUCAAAGAGGAGUUACAAGAAGUUAAGACACUGUUUACAGAUUUGCUCGAUGCACCUUUAGAAAUGCGCAGCAGGCUCUAUUACAGCUUAAAGAUCCUCUAUAGCUUUACCAUGGAGAAUCACCCGGAUUAUGGUUCUUUGAAAGAACUGCUGGUAGUCCUAAGUAAUAUUCCAGGUAUAUCUCGGACAUCGAAUGGUAAUAAUGUCUUUCCUCUACCCAUCAAGUCUGGUUAUGUGGUCCAGCAAAUGAAGAAAAUUCGAAAGUUGCGGUAUUUGUUUCUCUUUCCGAAUUACCUCAUUAUAACUAGUCUCAAGUUUGGUUGCAGCACUCUUCAGUAUAAAGUAAGAAACAUCAUACACCUGGGUACCAACACAACGAAUUCAACAGUAGACGUGUGGAUCGGGGACAUGAAAGAAAAGAGCCUUCAACAGACCAGAAAGAUCUUGAAUCAUGCCAAAGAUCAGCUGAAGACAACAUUCAUGUGUCCCAGAGAAUCUCGGGGCCAACUGUUUAAAUGGAGAAUCAAUAGGCUGCUAAAAAAGGUAUUUAAAUAUGAAUAUUUUAUUUCACUUCUCUUGCCACAUCUCAGACUCAUUGUCACUGACGUUGAUAACAAAAAGGAAUAUUAUUUCAUUUUUACAUCGUAUUUCCAACAAGAAUUAUGGAGACAAAAGUUGAAUGAAAACAAUUAUCCGGAUAUUGAAAUUGAGGAAUUCUUAACCUGUAUCAGACAGUACUCCCAGGUCUCACAGAUGCCAGAUUUAAAGUUUUCAGUGGACGAUAUACAUUAUUACAGCGGCACACUGGAUGUUUUAGUCCAUCAAGUCCUUAGUUUGGAAGAAGAUGCAGACAGUUAUAUCACGUUACAAGCGGACAGUUUUGGCGGAUAUUUCAACAAAAUACACAAGACCGAUGUUGUUCAGUACUCUAAUCGUCCAGUGUACAACGAGAGCUUUGAAAUAGCUCUGUGCUGUUCAGAGAAUAUGAAAGUUUCUCUUUACACUCGCCCAACCACUUCUGCUGAUGCUGAUUUCACCUUAACGUUGGCCGGUGUACUUAACUUUGAUAAUACCUCCAUAUGCAAUGCUUACCAAUUCCUAUUAGUUCCAAUGUAUCCGUCUGUGAAGAGAACUGCUGCGGCAUUGUCCGUUCGUUACAACUCAGAUUUGACUGAGAAUAAACGGAGAAUGAGUUUGCUUCAGUGGGAAGCUUUAGACUACAUAAUGUCAAUGCGGGGCACUGUUUUUGGAAAAUCGUUGGAGGAUAUAUCAGAACGUGAAAAGAGAGACGUUCCUCUAAUUAUCGAAAGUUGUGUUCAAUUUAUAGAAGAAAGAGGUUUGGAAGUUGAAAAUAUCUACUUAACUAAUGGCAACAAGGAGCAUGUGGAUGAACUAACGGGAGUAUUUGAUCUCUGCAGUUUUACUGGGGCGCUUUCCAUCAAGGAUAAAAAAUAUUCUGUACAUGAUGUAACCAAUCUGCUUGUCAACUUUCUCUUGUCUCUAGCACACCCGCUUCUAGACAAUUCGAAAUUCUAUGUAAGCUCUGAUGAUGUAAAGACCUCGGAGAGGCAGGCGAAAGUUAUACAAAUGUUACUGAGAACCUUACCGGAACCUAACCGAAGUGUCUUUGAAUUUCUCAUGGCACAUAUCGUGAAGGUGUGUCAGAAUCGGAGUAAGAACAAAGUAAGUUUAUCUUCGAUAUGUAAAGUUUUCGGGUAUGUAUUCCUUGGGAUUCCGCUUACAGGCAACUCGCAAGAACUGGCACGGAGAGAUGUUGAUACAUUCCUUUUUGUUUUGGAAUUUGUUCUCAGCAAGAAUUUGAAUGUGCAUUUGAAGAGUUCCUAUCACUCACUGCAGAGCAGAACGAGUUUCUACUGAUUAAAUGGUCGAUUGAUAACAAAUAAAUUCUUCAUACGUUUCUUUCAUAUUAUUUAGAAA